CUCCACUCUGCUGACCUCUGGCAAAAAAGGGAGUGAAAGAGAACUGGAGAGGCGGAUGGGGAGAGGUUCAAGUGCGGGUUUUCCACUUGAACCUGGACUAUUAUGGGUCAGGAGCUGUGUGCAAAGAGACAGCCAGGAUGCAGUUGCUACCACCGUUCGGAGAGAGGGGAGGCGCACAGCUGUCAGAGAAGCCAGCCUGGGAGCACCGAGGCUGCUGCGUUCGAGCUAACAGACAUAAAAGGAGCAACGUGUUCCUUGUCUUCAUUUCACCCCAGGGGACUCCAGGGCCCUGGUGACCAGAAGCUGGAGAGCAAAAGGCCCCGGAGUAACAGUGACUCUUUUCAGGAAGAGAAUCUGAGGCAAGGGUUGCCAUGGCAGAAGAAGAGCCUCCCUUUUGGGGCAGCCUCAUCUUAUUUGAACUUGGAGAAGCUGGGUGAAGGCUCUUAUGCCACAGUUUACAAGGGGAUUAGCAGGAUAAAUGGACAACUAGUAGCUCUAAAGGUGAUCAGCAUGAACGCCGAGGAGGGUGUGCCUUUCACAGCCAUCCGGGAAGCCUCCCUCCUGAAGGGUCUGAAGCAUGCCAACAUUGUCCUCUUGCAUGACAUUGUGCACACCAAAGAGACUCUGACAUUCGUAUUUGAAUACAUGCACACAGAUCUGGCCCAGUACAUGUCUCAGCAUCCCGGAGGCCUUCAUCCUCACAAUGUCAGGCUUUUCAUGUUUCAACUUCUGCGAGGCCUGGCAUACAUCCACCAUCAGCAUGUUCUUCACAGGGACCUGAAACCUCAGAACUUGCUCAUCAGUCACCUGGGAGAGCUCAAAUUGGCUGACUUUGGUCUUGCUCGAGCCAAGUCCAUUCCCAGCCAGACGUACUCUUCAGAAGUGGUGACACUGUGGUACCGGCCACCUGACGCCUUGCUGGGAGCCACUGAGUACUCCUCUGAGCUAGACAUAUGGGGCGCAGGCUGCAUCUUUAUUGAAAUGUUCCAGGGUCAACCUUUGUUUCCUGGGGUUUCCAACAUCCUGGAACAGCUGGAGAAGAUCUGGGAGGUACUGGGAGUCCCUACAGAGGACACCUGGCCUGGAGUCUCCAAGCUGCCUAACUACAAUCCAGAAUGGUUCCCGCUGCCUAAGCCUCAAAGCCUGCAGAUUGUCUGGAGCAGGUUGGGUGGAGUUCCUGAAGCUGAAGACCUGGCCUCCCAGAUGCUAAAAGGUUUCCCUAGGGACCGAGUAUCAGCACAGGAAGCACUCGUUCAUGAUUAUUUCAGUGUCCUUCCAUCCCAGUUGUACCAGCUUCCUGAUGAAGAGUCUUUGUUUGCAGUUUCAGGAGUGAAGCUAAAGCCAGAAAUGUGUGACCUUUCAGCCUCCUACAGGAAGGGUCACUACCUAGCCGGGUUUAACAAAUGUUGGUGAAAAUAAAAGGUGGAGUCAUCCAGAUCUUUGCAGGACUGUUUCGUUGUGCCAGCUUACUAUGAAGCUUCAUGCUCUAUUCCAUUCUAGACCAGAAAUCUUUAUUCUCUCUUCUGUCACCUGGGAUAUUUAAAAUACAAUAUUCAAGGCAAAGACAUAAUACAUGAAGAGAAUUUAAUGGAAGGUUAUUGCUGUUAUUGUUACCUAAACAAACAGACAUGAACUGAGGUGGCGUGAGAAGAGUCCUUCAGAACAGUUUCAGCCAUUUGGAAAAUUCCCUGGGCCAAAAGCUCCAUUUCUUUACAGGACAGAUUGAGACAGACAACUGGAAAUUUCUGGAGCCAGAACUGGUGCUUGCUGAGGCCUGCCACAUUUGUGUUCCUUACAACUCCUCCCAACCCAAAGACUUCUGUGACAGGGGAGGAUUAGUGUGGCUUAGAGAGGUCUCCAAGGAAGGUGGUCUCUUGGAUAAAGUUGUCAACGGGUGGGCUUGCUUGGGACUAUUUGUGAUGGUCCCCAGGGAUGCAUUCUUCCUCCUUGACUGGCUUUUGGGAUGCAUCACUACUUCAGUCUGCCCAGAUUUUAGGAGGUCACACUGAGCUGCUGGCUAGAGUUGAGUUUCAGUCUAUCACCUGCUACUGAGUCCUAAUUAUCUACAGUGAUGGCAAAAGCAAUGAGGAACCUAAGCUUCCACUGAUGGUACAGAUACUGGGGUUCCAGAGAUGUAACUCAAGCUCUGUGGCACCAGCAGACACACAUGCACACGCAGCACCCUCAGCAGGAGACACUGCUGACACUUGUGCCUCCUAAGGAAGCCUGAAAAACUCAAAUUACUUCAUCAAGGAGACAUCUCAUGAAAUAGUAGCCUAGAAACCAGAGACCACAAUGUAUCCUUUAGAAGAAGGAACCAAUUAAGAGAGAAUUUUAAAAUGGUAACUUUCCAACCAGGGUCUGAGAUGGAAGAAGGGAAAAAAUACAUGCAUUUACCCACCCCCAAAAAAAGCUGCCUUUGUGUAUAUUAGCAAGCAAUUGGACAAAGUCUGCCCACUGCACCUGCAAGAUGAAACAGUGUGGGCUGGACAGGGCUGGCAGGGUGUGUGUGCAAAGAACAGAUCUUAUUCAACCUAGAAAAAAAAUGCCACUAGUAUGGUAUCAUAGAGGAUUUAGACUUCAGUCCUGUUCUGGUCAAGGAUUUAUGUUGAUUGUUUGAAUAAAUCAGAGAAAAUACAUAAUUUAUUCAUACAACUCACUGGGGGAAAGGUAUUGUUGUUAUUCUGCUGUAGACGUGGAAACUGAGGCUCGGCACUUGGGUAAUUUCUCUAAGGCAGCUGCCAGAGUUCAAGUGCAAAGCUGGGGUCAAACUAUGUCGAGUGUCUGAGAUCUUUCUGGCAACCACAACUCUAUCAGAUUUGUAGACUGUUCUACUGUUGAAGAGGCAGCUGAUGUUUCAGGUUGGAUCAUGAUUCAGAGGACUCAGCAACAGCAAGUCAAAACAAUACUUAUUCCUGCCUGUUUUUUUUUUAUCCCAUUUAAAUUCUUACACAUUGGCCUUAAAAUGCCUCCAACUUAAGUAAGGCUAUGACUUAGUGGAAAGUGGUUGUAAGUACAAGGUGAAUUAAUUAUAUAAUCUAUCGGCCCCCAACAGAUAAUGCCAAUCCCUUCAGGCUACAGAAAUGAAAUACUAAGACAAGACUAUGCACCCCAAGAAGAGCAGCUUAGUCUCUGAUCUGGGCACAUUUAAAUCAGGAAGCUUGGCUCCACCUAUCACAUGCCACACUCUAAAGGAAGCAUCAUGUGAAAUGGAUGUGUACUGUACACCUAUUAGUUUGCAGAUCUAAUCUUCUAUAAUCUUCUUAACAAUACUAAGACAUAGUAGAGUUUACAGAGAAUACUCAGAAUCAGAUAUAAGUAGCUAGGAUUUGAUGCACAAACUCUGUCCCCAAAGCCUGGGCUUUCCCCAGCACACCUCCAAUUCUGCUGCAUGCUACCAGGACAAGACACAUGGAGGAACACCUGUAAGAGAAAGCCAGAGACACUCUUUCCAGUAGUAGGCUGUCACAAAACAAAGGGGCUGGAUGACUGCUGGGCCACUGCAGGGUUAGCACAGACUGCUGCUGCUUUGGGAGGGUCAGCAAGACUCACCAACCCAUGAAUACAGACUAAGUCCCCUGAGCUGGCUCACCUGCCCAUGAACAAGGACUGAGUCCUCACCACAGUGGUGGCCUCCUCUGCCUCCUGGAUGAUGCAGAGAGUGAUAGCCAAGAAUCCUAGUUGGAAGUUAAAACAGCUGGUCUUUCAGAUUCUUGAGCAUGACCCCUGAACAACUGUGACAGAUCACACUGGGUUUCUGUAAGAUCCAGUUGCUGCAAAAAUAGGUGCAAUUGUUUUAUUUUCUGUAUAUAUGUUUCACUUAUUGGUUGAGGAAUAAAACACCGAUUGGCCAGUAGCCAGGCAGGAAUUAUAGGUGAGACCAGGAGAUGAGGAGAAUUCUGGGAAGAGGACACAGAGAGGCAUUGAAGGAGACGCCAUGCUGCCAAAUGAGUAACAUGCUGGAUUACAGGUAAGCCACAGCCUCGUGGCAAAACAUAGCUAAUAGAAAUGGGUUAAUAAUUAAGAGAGAGCUAGCUAGUAAGAAGCCUAAGCCACUGGCCAAACAGUUUAUAUUUAAUAUAAGUCUCUGUGUGUUUAUUUGAGACUGAAGCACAGCAGAAACAGGUAGAACAGAAACUCCAACUACAAUUUCCUGUGAAAGCAUUUUUUUAAUUAACUUAACAAAUUUAUCCUCUUUAGCUAGGUGGUAGUUGUGAAUGCCUUUAAUCCAAGCACUCAGGAGGCAAGAAGCAAGCUAAUCUAAGUUUGAGUCUACAGAGUGAGUUCUACAGAGUGAGUUCCAGGGUGGUCAGGGCUACACAGAGAAAUCCUUCUUUGAAAAACAAAACAAAAGCAAAAAUUACCCUCUUUAAUUCUAAGUGGAAAAUAAAUUGUGUUUGUGCUUUUUCUCCUUUAAUAAAAAUAUUAAUAAAAAUUAUGUAUACAGCUCUAAAAACA